AUGAACCGCGUUAUUUCAACUGCCACUUUUGUAAUUGUGCUAGUGAAGAACGUAUCCAAUUUAUUAAACUGUUCAGAAAAAUCAAAUUUUUCUUUAAACAAUAAAAGUAUUUCUAUCGAAUCCAAAACUCAUAGCGAUUACAAUAUUCAUAGUAUUUUUACUUUUACUGAAUUAGUUGAAUCAGACAAAUCAUUCGAACAAAGAAAAAUUUCUUUAGAAGGAUUACAGAGAGUUUUUGCAGUCAAAUAUGCUAUUAAUAGCAUGAACAAAAGACGAGAUAUUUUACCGAACAUAACACUUGGAUAUAUUUUUAAUGAUGCAUGCUUUAACUUGUCAGUAACCAUGAGCCAUGGUAUUGAGCUUGUUGAUAGCUAUCGCCGACAUCGCUGCAUAAGCAACACCAGCGACUUCAAUACUUGCGCUAGUUUAAAAAAUAAAGCUAUUGCAGCAAUAGGUGAUUAUUACUCUUUUUCUACAAUUAAGUUAGCAAGCUUGUUAAAUAUUCAUAAAAUUCCACUCAUCAGCGACGGAGCCUCCUCUCCAUUGUUGAAUAGUAGCAAUUUAAAUUUUAAAUCUUUUUUUCGUACAAUUCAAUCGGAUGCCGUUCAAGUUGAUGUGAUGAUAGAAGUUUUAAAAUUGUUUAAUUGGAGUUAUGUAAUUGUAAUAGGCUCCGAUGACACUUACGGAAAGGUUGCAAUUUCUAUUUUAAAACAACGCGCUGCUCAAGAGAGUUUAUGUAUUGUUGAAGAUAUAUAUAUUCCAACCACUACAAUUCAAAUUGAAAACAAUGCGCAAAGUGUUAUGAAUAAAAUAAUGGGAGCUAAGCGCGCUCAAGUUGUUAUUAUGUUUACCAGUCAAAAAAAAAUAGGCGAGCAUUUAUUACAAUUGGCCUAUAAAAUGAAUAUAUCGCGUAUUUGGCUUACAAAUGAUGCUUGGAAUCCGGAUAUUCUUUCGAGUAGUGUUCCAAUUACCCAGAUUGAAUCAUUGUUAACUAUUUCGCUUUAUUAUGGCGAUGAUAUACCAGAAUUUAAAGAAUAUAUAAAUGAUGCAGUAAAUAAUGAUUAUGUGUGUGACUUUCUACUUAAAAGUUUUAUUAUCGAAACAUUUAACUGCACUGUAUACAAUAAAUCUGAGAAUGGGAAAUCUUUAAUAGGUUUUUUACCAAACAAAUACGACAAAUGUGAAGUGCCAAUUGAUCAACUUAUAAGAUAUAUAGCCACCAAAGACUUAAACCAAGUGAACUAUUUAGUUGAUGCAGUUAAUGUAAUUGCUUACGCUUUACAUGCAGCAGCAUGCGAUCAAACUAUAUGUCGGUUGGAUGUUCAACCACAAGAGGUUACAAAAACUUUAAAAACAGUUCAUGCUCCAUCUGUACUAGGAGGCUUUGUUGAGUUUGAUUCUUGGCACAGUCCAACCUUUUCACGUUAUUCCAUUGAUCAGGUUCAAUUAAGCGCGGGAAAAGCAAAAUAUGUACGUGUAGGAACUUGGGAUACUAAAUCUAAGUUGCUUAAUAUUAAUGCAACAACGUUAAAAUGGCCAUCAUGGUUAGAUUUUAAAAUACCGACUUCUUCUUGUAGAAAUAUUUGCAAUCCUGGUGAAAAAGUGGUAGGUAAAAAUUUGUGCUGCUGGCAUUGCGAUAAAUGCUCUGUAGGUGAAACAAGCAACGUGUCAAAUGCAGAUAGCUGUUCCCCGUGCCCUGAACAUUUUUUUACAAGAGAUCAUAAAAGUUGCAUUAAAAUGCCAACGUCUUAUAUUGCAAGCUCAAAUGCAGUUGGCAUAUUUAGUAUCACUUUAAGUAUUAUUGGAAUAUGUCUUACAAUAGUUUCCAUGAAUUCUACUAUUCGCUUAACAGCUCGAAUAUUUCCAGCUGUUUCACUUUUAAUUGGAGCAAUAUUAACUUUGCCAGAACGCAAUUCAAAUUACAACUUUGGUGAGUUAAGAAGUUUAUUUUUUUUUGGAGUAACACUUGUUACAAUUACAGGAGCAUACGGAAUUACAAUAAAUCAAGUGUUAGAGAUAUUCCAACCUUGGGUUGUCUUGAUUGCAACAAACGGAUACGGAUUUACUUAUCUUUUGUGCCUUACGUUGCCAAAAUUUUAUAUUGCGUUUAAAGUUUCUCAAACUAAUAUGGUUAAGACUAUCCUUGUUUUUAGUGUCGAUGAGGGACCCGACAAAAAUCCCAGAUACCAUAAGGUUUUUACAGAUAUUUGGUCUGACCUAAAAAUUGACGUUUAUCCAACCGUUGCAGAGUAUAUUAAUUCAGAGCAAUCAGAACUAAAGUCAAAUAAACUUAUUACAACAUCAACGUUAGAUUGCCCAUCAUCUUCGUACGAGUCAAUAUUUUACUCAAAAUGUGAAAUGAAAAAGUGUCGACAACAAAACAAGAAAGUUUUAAUGAGAUGCAUUGAACAUCAAAAAACUAUUCAAAAGAUUAAGGAGCUUGGUGAUAAGACAGUUUAUAUUUUAUUUUGCCCUUCCUAUUUGCAUUUAUAUUAUGUUUUACGACGUGAAUAA